CAAAUCAUGCUCACUCCACUAUAUCCACCCCAAGAUCUCUGGCCUGGAGGUAUCCCCACACAAAUUCACCUAGACAAUGGCCCGGGACUAGAUUACGAGGAAAUGGCCGAGGCAUCCAAGGGAUGGUGUCUAUUUGUCCAGGUUUCUACACCCAAUUGCCCCUGUUCAUCGAGAAACAUUCAAUUUUGGCUAAGGAUUGUCCAGUCAUAUUAUUCACGUGCGCCUCUUCCACCAUCAGCUCUGCAUUAUCCUCCCUCACUUCUCCACCGAAGCCGUUCUCGACCGAAGAACUUCAUCUGUUUUGCGCCAGUGAACCGAGACAAGGACCAUGCGAAGAAUUAUACCCAUCUAACCAAACUCUUGAUCCUGCUGUAUAUCCAUGAAAAUUGGGCCCCAUCACAUCCCUUCAGCUAUGACCCCAGUGCCCCGCAUCCCAGUAUCCCUGCUCAAUACCCGGAUCUUGCUCGAUAUCCAUCGUCCGAGAAUUUUAUAUCGCUCUAUUACCUCGAAACCGCUGACUUCCGCUAUCUGUCAGUGACGCGGACGGGAACGGUGUUCCUCGCGGCUAUAGGUCAGAUAUAUACAGUUAUUGAUCAGGAUACCCUAAAAACCGGAAGGCUUGCCUUGUUUUCGUUUCAGUCAAAUGGGCAAGUCAAGUCCUCGACGCGUUUGCGACCAUGGCACAUGGGCGCGGAGAUGUCAACUCACCACAUGCUAGGAUGGCCGUUGGAAAGACUGAUUGAUGAACACUCCUAUUAUCAUCUUGGUUGUGAUCCGCUGAACAUGGAUUUGCCCAUAGUCGACAUUGUGAAUUCCUCGACGCAACGAGGAGAACUUCAUGUCCCGUAUUCCCGAGAACACUGGGCGCUGGAGCUGGAGCUUUUCGCGCCUGGGUAUCUCGAGCUGGAAGCUAGGGGAUUGGAAGUGGAAUAUGAGCUUACGAGCUUGUCGGAUGAGAUGGACAGUUACAAUCAUCGGGUGCCCCCUCAGAAGGGCCCGUAUCGCCCAGGCCGGGCGGCCUGAUUAGAUCGAUGGAAAAACAUCGUCGAGUGCUUAGAGGUUUCGUUGUCUAUGGACCCUAUUCUUGAAGUGCAUCUUUCACGUGCACGUUCAUCUCCUAACAAAUUGACCCUCACUAUGUGCAAUAGCCAGCUCUCCCUCCUCAUGCAAACAAUGCAUACACAAUAGACAAUACGUUCCGCUCACUAAACCGUCAUCGUCAGCACAGGCCCCUUUUACACAUUGUUAUGGAGGGCCUGAGUGGCUUAGACAAUGUUACCAUUUUUCCAAGUAAGGUCAGAUUUAUGUAUC